CUAAGGAUGAGGACAGUGUUCAAACAGGUCACAGAAUGAGACCUUCACUUUCCACAGUAACAGGCAGAACAGAAAGUUCAUCUGCUGCUUCUCCAGUAGAUAGAGACUUUACAAGUGGCCAAACCAUUGACAUGUCCCCAACCCUGUCUGUUGUUACAGAAUUAUCUUCAUCUGAUAUCAUCAGUGAGAAAGCACAAUCUCCUGAAACUAGGACGAUUCAAAUAAGCACAGAUCCCGAACAUUCUGGAGAAGGAUCUGCUGCUUUUACUGACAAGUCAGUUGUGACCAUUGCUACUGCAUUCUCAACAUCUACUGUCUCUGACGGUAAACCCAUGAGCCCAUCAACACUUUCCCCGAUUACUCCAUCUGCCUCAUCAUCCACAACUCCACAUGAUCAGAUUGAUGAAAUGUAUACAAUGUUUCCAAUGGUGGAGUCUAUUCCUCUAAUCAGUGGAUCAAGUCUCUACAGUAUUGACACAACAACAGUAACUAUAUCUCCUGAAUCAGAGUCUGUCUCCGUGAGAACAGGACAAAGUACUUCUGGUGAAAACAUCACUAUGUCUACUGACACAACCAUCACACCAACCAUAUCUGGUUCUUCUGCUUUCAAUAUUCUGUCUGACUUGACAUCUAGAAAAACUGAAACAAGCCGAUCAACGCUUUCUCCAAUUACUUCGUCUGCUUUUAACAACAUGUACUUUUUGACAUCAAAAAAAGCUGAAAAAAGUCAUACUACAAAACCAGAUGUUUCUUUAGGUGUCUCUUCUCCUUUGCAGAUCAAAACUACUUUAUCUACAGUAACAGAUGAAAGCCAUAAGGCCAUGCCUCAGACAACAUCUGAGUCUGAUGGAACGGUUUCAUUUAUGUCAUCAUUUGAAGUCACUACAAGUUUGUCCACUAAUGAACCUAUCUUUUCUUUUACCAAUGAAGAGGUGACCUCACCAGAGACUGAUGAUUUCAAUGAUACAGAAUCUUCAGGCUUCGAAGGAUCUGCAGACAUAGAUGACACAGUGCAUAAAAUGCAAACAGAAGCUCAGCAGCCCUUUGUUGAAACAUCUGCCCUAGCAAUCACUCCAGCAAUCUUAACAGAUGCCAAGCACACCGAACUGACCACAAAAUCUCACAAUGGUUUUUUUGUUGCAACAGAUGAGGCUGAGACAGAUGAGACUGAGAGUCGAUCAUUAACAAGUCUUUCUGACAAAAACAUUUUCUCCUCAACCUUAGCCCCACACAUGACAAAUAGAAAGACUAACUUUGCUGAUCUUGGAAUUGGAAAUGGUUCUUCUGAUGCCAACCCCAGUGAGUCAACAUUUCAACCAGUUUCUAAUUCUCCUCUUAAUACCAGAUCAAUUAUUGAUUUGAAACAUUCCCAUAUCCCUGAUACUACUGGCUCUGUCACAUUUACCCUCCCUCCAUCAACAUUAGUUUUAGAAUUCGCCACAUCUUCCACCCCUGUGACUGAGAAACCAGUUGAGUUUUCUUUGAGUAGCACUGUUCACUCAGUUUCCUCAGUGUCGGUGUAUAAGGAAAAAGACAGUUCAGGUCAUGGCUCAACAACUCCUGAAAGCUUAUCUCCAGGAAAUACAUUUCCUCCUUUACAGGCAUCUAGUACAACACAACUAACAACUCACAAAUCAAAAUCAUAUUCAGGCUUUACUUUAACAGAUAAUAGGAGUAUAGGUGACCAAACCUUUGACAUAUUUACCUCAAACCCAGCGAUAACCAACAACGUCACAUUUGGAGACAUGUCAGAUGAAACUGAAACCUUUGUUUCAAUUAAAACAACAUUUGAUGAGCAGGUUUCCAAAAAAGGGGUUGAACAUUUCUCAAAUACAGAAAACCCCCUCAGUUUUGAACCAAUUAAACAUCCAGAUUCAAGAACAAAAAGUCCAAAUAAAGAUGGAGUGGCAAUAGAAGCAACACAAUCAUCUCACAGAGCAGACUAUGUUAUAAAUGAUCACAUAAUUAAUAGUUCUAGCAGUGACACUAAUAAAAAAUCAACAUCCACACCAUCUCCUGGUAUUAUAUAUCACAGUAACAAAGAACAACAGGUUGUGAUUGUUAUGCCAAGUCACGGCCAAACUGAGACUGACCAAGCUAAACAAAUGCCUACUAUGGUCUUGCAUGCAUCUGAACCAUCAAGCAGUGCAUCCAUUCUAUUCACAGAGGACACAAAAGAUGAAGAUAAACUGUUUUCUGGAGUCACAUAUAAUUUGAGGCAAGAAAGUUCCACCUCCGAAGUCAGCACAAAGGAUGAUAUGUUCAUUAAUUUUGAUACUGUAUCUGUAGUUUCCUCCUCUCCAUUUUACCCAACUAUCCAGACAGAAGAAGUUGAAGUUGAUUCAGCAAUUACAAUGACACAAGAUAUGGACUUAACAGAAGAACCGGAAGGCUCAGGGGCUGUCAAUGCUCCAUUUUUUACUCCUUCACCAGUAACUACAGACCCAGUUUCAGUCACUGACCUCUCAAGAUCUUUUUUGUUAUCAACUCAAGCUACUACUGAGUCUGCACAUUCAAAUUCUAAAGAAAGCCUUGGUGGACAUACAGCCCAAACUACUACUUUUUCUGCUGGAAUUGAUCAAAACAGAUCAAUGACUUCAUCAACAAAAACUAAAGUAUCUUCAGUAACUGGAGUUUCAAGUAAACUUGUUUCCUCUAACCCUAUUCUCAAAGAUAUUUCAGCUUCAGCGUCAUCUGACUAUAUAAUUAAAUUCCACUCAACUAUUUCCCCUGUAGUAACACCUCAGAAAUCAUUUGAACAAGUGAGAUCAGCGAUCACAAACACACACCACCCACAACCAGAGAAUUUAUCUGAAGAAUUAUCACAAGCCACAGUUUACCCUAUGUCCACAAAUCAUGGAAAACUUCUGGUUGAAGAAUCAACCAAUUUUCAUCCUGUUAAUUAUUCUGUGAGUCAGGUUGAUAAUGGUUUGGCAAGUCAUGUGACAGCUCUCCCAAAACUAAUUUCUGAUGCAAACGUUGGAAAACCACCAUCCCCACAGAGUAGCUUUUACCCUGACAAUGAUCAUCAUACCCCAGUCAGUGGUGCAGGGAACCAAACACUUCUUCAAUUUGUUUCUCAGUACAAUGAAACCGCAAAAUCAAACACAAGUGAAGUGGAUAUUUCCACAAUGUCCAAAGCAUCUACAAGUGAGUCUUCCCAGACUGUAUUCAAGGCAACUGCUUCAACAAUAUCAAAGAUGGAAUUGAUUAACCUUGAAAGCACCUUAGGGGGAACAAUCAGUACAAUUGAUAUCAGUACAGGUGAUGAAGAAACUACCACAAGUAUCCAUAGAGAAUUAACAACAUCAACAACACAAUCACCAAACCAGGUAGAAUUAGGUACAUCUUUAGCCACACAACCUUCAUCCUUUUCUGAGGAAGAAGAAAAACACGACAGGAAAAUGUCAACAUCUCCAUUCCUUAAUGGAAGAGGCCCAGCAACAGAAGAAGGAACAACCCCCUCUAUCCAAAUAAGACUGGAUGUGGGCCACACAGUUGUUGGCGAGACUGUGGACUUUUCUGGAAUGUAUUCAUGUAAGGAGAACAUUUGUCUGAAUGGAGGAUCUUGCUUCAAGAGUGGCAGCAUCUAUUCAUGUAGCUGUUCUCCGGGAUACACUGGUCAUCAGUGUGAAACGGACAUCGAUGAGUGCCAGUCAAAUCCAUGCCGUAAUGGAGGCACAUGUGUUGAUGGGCUGGCUUCCUUUACAUGUGUGUGUCUCCCAAGCUACUCUGGGCUUUACUGUGAGGAAGAUACUGAAACAUGUGACUAUGGUUGGCACAAGUUUCAGGGCCAUUGCUACAAAUUCUUCCCCCAGAGGAAAGGUUGGGACUCUGCAGAGCGAGAGUGCCGCAUUCAGGGAGCUCAUCUCACCAGCAUCCUUUCCCACGAAGAACAACAGUUUGUCAACCGUCUUGGACAGGAUUACCAGUGGGUUGGCCUGAAUGAUAAGAUGUUUGACAACGACUUCCGCUGGACUGAUGGCAGCCCUGUGCAAUAUGAAAACUGGAGGCCCAACCAGCCCGACAGCUUCUUCUCGUCUGGAGAAGACUGUGUGGUGAUGAUUUGGCACGAGGGUGGCCAGUGGAACGAUGUCCCGUGCAACUAUCACCUAACCUUCACAUGCAAGAAAGGCACAGUGGCCUGCAGCCAGCCCCCUGUGGUUGAAAAUGCACGUACCUUUGGUAGAAAGCGUGAGAGAUAUGAAAUCAACACACUGGUGAGGUAUCAGUGUCGAAAUGGGUUCAUUCAGAGGCAUGUUCCAACCAUCCGCUGCCGUGGCAAUGGACGGUGGGAUACACCUAAAAUCUCCUGUAUAAGCCCGUCGAGCUACCAGAGGUCCUUCAUGAGGAGACAUCAACCCCACGCUCUCUACAGUAUCAAUAAUUUCAAAAAAUGGCAGGAUGAGUCCUUGCGCCACCACCUUCAGCGCAACAGGGGAAGAAGAGACAGAACGGCACAAAAGAGGACAAAGCAAUGAUUUCCAAGAGAAAUCAAGAACACUUGCUUGACGGUUGUAAGAAAGGAAGACCAGAAAACAAAAAGUGCGUUAAAAAAAGAUCAUCAACAGAAACCGAGAGGAUAAACUGCAAGUUUCUUGUAUUUACAAUGACGAUAAUAUCUUAUAAAGUGCCUUUGAAAUAAUUUUACCUGAUGAUUCGUUUCAAGAGAGACUGCUACAUUCACAGUGAGGACAAACUCUUUCAGCUGGCUUCUGGAAGCACUAUGAGCUGUCUACUUUGAUAUUCUUUUAUGUUUUUUAUUUUAUAUUUUAUGUUGACUAAUUAUAUGAAACAUUCAUUGUUGCUGUCUGAUGCAUCAACUGUGCUAUUUGAAGCCAAUGCAAGUGUCCAGCAUAUAUAGAAAGAACAUAAUACAGCUUAUGUCACAUAAAAAGAAUUUAUUUUGUCGUCCUGUUUAAUGCUGGAAUGCAUGAAUGCAUACGCAUUAAUAUGUUUUCUCAAUUUAAUCAAAGACCCUACAUGUCAUGAGUUGUAGUUUUUCUCAGAUUGCAAAUAGGGCUAUUAAUUAGUACAGUGCAAGAGUUUUUUUUUUGUUUUUUUUAAUAUAAAAAAACUUUUUUCUUUU